AUGGCCUCCCCGCCGCCCCCCGGUCCCCUCUGCCCGCCGGGCCCCCCCGGCAGCGGCUGCAUCUCGCUGUGGACCGUGGUGGCCGCCGUGCAGGCGGUGGAGAAGAGCGUGGAGGCCCACGCCGCCCGGCUGCUGGGGCUGGAGCGCAGGACGGUGACCACCGAGAAGAAGUACGUGGACUGCGAGAGGACGGUGGUGGAUUUCGGCAACCAGCUGGAGAGCAAGCUGGCCGUGCUGGGCACCCUCGUCCAGGAGUACGGGCACCUCCAGCAGCGCCUGGAGAGCGUGGAGAACCUGCUGAGGAACAGGAACCUCUGGGUGCUGCGCCUGCCCCCCGGCCCCCGGGGAGAGGCCCCAGAAGGGUUUGACAGCAACGCCGCUGGCUUCUCCGAGCAAGAGUGGGAGAACCUGGAGGAAUGGCAGAGGGAGCUGUACAAAAACAUGCUGAGAGGGAACAGCGAAUCUCUGAUCUCUCUGGAUUACGCAGUCUCCAAACCCGACCUCCUGUCCCGGCUUCAGAGAGAGGUGCCCUGCGAUGAGGUGGCUUUGGGAGAGAGGGAGAUUCCUGUGGAGCCAAGCGCAGCAGAGUACGGCAUUCCAGAGCCGAGCUUCGCAGGCGCUCUGAAGCAAGAGGACGAGCCGUGCACGGAGGAGCAGGGAGCCACGGAGGACAUGGAGUUCACUGAGCUCAGCGUGGAGGACAGCAUAAUCCAUGUUAAGCAAGAGGAAGAGUUGUGUGCAGCGGAUCAGGAAGAGGUGGAGGCUACGGGAGCUCUGGAAGAGCCCUGCCCAGGUCAGACCAAGAGAGGCACAGAGGCGUAUGCCAGAGAGCUGCAGGGCACAGAGGGUGAAGACAUCCCAGGAGACCCUGACACGGAAUUUCAGACUUGUGCAACUGAUGUUUUGUCAUGGAUUAAACAAGAGGAGGAGCCACGCUGCCCUGAACGGCAAGACUCAAAGAAAGAAGAAAUCCGUACAGACCCAAGAACAGUGCAUGAUGAGAACAUGAAGAAGGAUUCUCUGGCAGAUAGCUUUGGAAGCACGGUUUGUGACUCUGGUAUACUGGGGAGACCCGGAGAGAAGUUUUCCAAGGAUCCUACCCCUGGAGUGACGUGGGACAGUCAGUGGAAUUCAGAAAUGAUGGAAACAAACACCACCAGGAACGGCUUUGGGGAUGACACUCGGUACAACCAAGCAUUUGGUGAACACUUAGAUUUCUUUAGCGCUCAGGAAAACAAUGUUGGAAAGAGACCGUGUGCGUACAGCAAAUGCGAGAGAGACUCCAGCCAGCAGGAACAUCUUCCAGCUCCCCAGGGAGACCGAGAAGAGAUGUUUCCAGGCCCCGUGUGCGAGAAGAGGCUCAGCGAGAGGAUGUUCCAGCAGCAGCCAGGUGCUCCGGGGGAGAAACGCGGGGGGCAGAGGGCUGCUCCUGCCUCCCGCGAGGGGCUGCCCUCGGGGCCGCCGCUGACGGCCCGCGUGGAGCACGGACAGAAGGCUGCAGGCGGAACCAGGCUCCGCGAGCACAGCGGCCUUUGUGCAGAGGACCGUCCGUCUGUGGGACACGGGGAGAAGCUCCCCGCCGAAAAACCCCUUACCCAGCCCCUGCGGGGAUGACCCGCGGGACGUGUCGGAGGCACCCAAGGGCGGCUUGGUGAGCCAGCAGCAGAGCCAGGGCAGGGGGAAGUCCUACAUCUGCAACGACUGUGGGAAAAGCUUUGUUUGCCAUUCCUGGCUCGUUCGACACCAGAUGACUCACACA